GCUAGCCCCGGCCGCGGCUCCCAGACGGGCUCUCUGAGUCCCUCUCCGAGAGCCGGGCGGGCACGCGUCAUUGUGUUACCUGCGACCGGCCCGCGAGCUGGGUUCGGGUUGUUUUUUUUUUUCCUCCCCUCCCUCCCUCCUCUCUAAGCAGCUGAUCUGAAAGGGAAUAAAAGGCUGCGCAUAAUCAUAAUAAUAAAAGAAGGGGAGCUCGAGAGAAGGAAAGAAAGCCGGGAGGUGGAAGAGGAGGGGGAGCGCCUCAAAGAAGCGAUCAGAAUAAUAAAAGGAGGCCUGGCUCUUUGCCUUCUGGAACGGGCCGCUCUUGAAAGGGCUUUUGAAAAGUGGUGUUGUUUUCCAGUCGUGCAUGCUCCAAUCGGCGGAGUAUAUUAGAGCCGGGACGCGGCGGCCGCAGGGGCAGCGGCGACGGCAGCACCGGCGGCAGCACCAGCGGCAGCACCAGCGCGAGCAGCAGCGGCGGCGGCGGCGGCGUCCCGAGUGCCCGCGGCGCGCGGUGCAGCGAUGCGGUCCCCACGGACGCGCGGCCGGCCCGGGCGCCCCCUGAGCCUCCUGCUCGCCCUGCUCUGCGCCCUGCGAGCCAAGGUGUGCGGGGCCUCCGGCCAGUUUGAGUUGGAGAUCCUUUCCAUGCAGAACGUGAACGGGGAGCUGCAAAACGGGAACUGCUGCGGCGGCGCCCGGAACCCGGGGGACCGCAAGUGCUCCCGCGACGAGUGUGACACGUACUUCAAAGUGUGCCUCAAGGAGUACCAGUCGCGCGUCACGGCCGGGGGGCCCUGCAGCUUCGGCUCGGGGUCCACGCCUGUCAUCGGGGGCAACACCUUCAACCUCAAGGCCAGUCGCGGCAACGAACGCAACCGCAUCGUGCUGCCUUUCAGUUUUGCCUGGCCGAGGUCCUACACUUUGCUUGUGGAGGCGUGGGAUUCCAGCAAUGACACUGUCCAACCCGACAGCAUUAUUGAAAAGGCUUCUCACUCAGGCAUGAUCAACCCCAGCCGGCAGUGGCAGACGCUGAAGCAGAACACGGGGGUUGCCCACUUUGAGUAUCAGAUCCGCGUGACCUGUGAUGACUAUUACUAUGGCUUCGGCUGCAAUAAGUUCUGCCGACCCAGAGACGACUUCUUUGGCCACUAUGCCUGCGACCAGAAUGGCAACAAAACUUGCAUGGAAGGCUGGAUGGGCCCUGAAUGUAACAAAGCUAUUUGCCGGCAGGGCUGCAGCCCCAAGCAUGGGUCUUGCAAACUCCCAGGUGACUGCAGGUGCCAGUAUGGCUGGCAGGGCCUGUACUGUGACAAGUGCAUCCCACACCCAGGGUGCGUCCACGGCACCUGUAACGAGCCCUGGCAGUGCCUCUGUGAGACUAACUGGGGUGGUCAGCUCUGCGACAAAGAUCUCAACUACUGCGGGACCCACCAGCCGUGUCUCAAUGGGGGAACUUGUAGCAACACGGGGCCUGACAAAUAUCAGUGUUCAUGCCCCGAGGGGUAUUCAGGACCCAACUGUGAAAUUGCGGAACACGCCUGCCUCUCUGAUCCCUGCCACAACAGAGGCAGCUGCAAGGAGACCUCCCUGGGGUUUGAGUGUGAGUGUUCUCCGGGCUGGACCGGCCCCACGUGCUCCACAAACAUUGAUGACUGUUCUCCAAAUAACUGUUCCCACGGGGGCACCUGCCAGGACUUGGUUAACGGAUUUAAGUGCGUGUGCCCGCCCCAGUGGACAGGCAAAACGUGCCAGUUAGAUGCAAAUGAAUGCGAGGCCAAACCUUGUGUAAAUGCCAAAUCCUGUAAGAAUCUGAUUGCCAGCUACUACUGUGAUUGCCUCCCGGGCUGGAUGGGUCAGAAUUGUGACAUAAAUAUUAAUGACUGCCUCGGCCAAUGUCAGAAUGACGCCUCCUGUCGGGAUUUGGUUAAUGGUUAUCGCUGUAUCUGUCCACCUGGCUAUGCAGGCGAUCACUGUGAGACAGACAUCGAUGAGUGUGCCAGCAACCCCUGUCUCAACGGGGGUCACUGUCAGAACGAAAUCAACAGAUUCCAGUGUCUGUGUCCCACUGGUUUCUCUGGAAACCUCUGUCAGCUGGACAUCGAUUAUUGCGAGCCCAACCCCUGCCAGAACGGUGCCCAGUGCUACAACCGUGCCAGCGACUAUUUCUGCAAGUGUCCCGAGGACUAUGAAGGCAAGAACUGCUCCCACCUUAAAGACCACUGCCGCACCACCCCCUGUGAAGUGAUUGACAGCUGCACGGUGGCCAUGGCCUCCAAUGACACGCCUGAAGGGGUGCGCUAUAUUUCCUCCAAUGUCUGCGGUCCCCACGGGAAGUGCAAGAGUCAGUCUGGAGGCAAAUUCACCUGUGACUGUAACAAAGGCUUCACUGGAACGUACUGCCAUGAAAAUAUUAACGACUGUGAGAGCAACCCCUGUAAAAAUGGUGGCACUUGCAUCGAUGGUGUCAACUCCUACAAGUGUAUCUGCAGUGGUGGCUGGGAGGGCGCCUACUGUGAGACCAAUAUUAACGACUGCAGCCAGAACCCCUGCCACAACGGGGGCUCGUGUCGUGACCUGGUCAACGACUUUUACUGCGACUGUAAAAACGGGUGGAAAGGCAAGACCUGCCACUCACGUGACAGCCAGUGUGACGAGGCUACGUGCAACAAUGGUGGCACCUGCUAUGACGAGGGGGACGCUUUCAAGUGCAUGUGUCCCGGAGGCUGGGAAGGAACGACCUGUAACAUAGCCCGAAACAGUAGCUGCCUGCCUAACCCCUGCCACAAUGGGGGCACCUGUGUGGUCAACGGCGAGUCCUUCACGUGUGUCUGCAAAGAAGGCUGGGAGGGGCCCAUCUGUACGCAGAAUACCAAUGACUGCAGUCCUCAUCCCUGCUACAACAGUGGCACGUGCGUGGAUGGAGAGAACUGGUACCGCUGUGAGUGCGCCCCCGGCUUCGCUGGGCCCGACUGCAGGAUAAACAUCAACGAAUGCCAGUCUUCACCUUGUGCCUUCGGGGCGACCUGUGUGGAUGAGAUCAAUGGGUACCGGUGUGUCUGCCCCCCAGGGCACAGUGGUGCUAAAUGCCAGGAAGUUUCAGGGAGAUCUUGCAUCACCGUGGGGAGCGUGAUACCUGAUGGGGCCAAGUGGGACGAUGACUGCAACACCUGCCAGUGCCUGGACGGGAGGAUCGCCUGCUCGAAGGUGUGGUGUGGUCCCCGCCCUUGCUCGCUGCACAAAGGGCACAGCGAGUGCCCCAGCGGGCAGAGCUGCAUCCCCAUCCUGGACGCCCAGUGCUUCGUGCGCCCCUGCACUGGUGUGGGUGAGUGCCGGUCCUCCAGCCUCCAGCCCGUGAAGACCAAGUGUGCCUCCGACCCCUACUACCAGGACAACUGUGCCAACAUCACGUUCACCUUCAACAAGGAGAUGAUGUCGCCGGGUCUCACCACAGAGCACAUUUGCAGCGAAUUGCGGAAUUUGAAUAUUUUGAAGAAUGUUUCUGCUGAAUAUUCAAUCUACAUAGCUUGCGAGCCUUCCCCUUCUGCAAACAAUGAAAUACACGUGGCCAUCUCUGCUGAAGACAUCCGGGAUGAUGGAAACCCAAUCAAGGAAAUCACCGACAAAAUUAUAGAUCUUGUUAGUAAACGAGAAGGGAACAGCUCACUGAUCGCCGCCGUUGCAGAAGUGAGAGUUCAGAGGCGUCCUCUGAAGAACAGAACAGAUUUCCUGGUGCCCCUGCUGAGCUCGGUCCUGACCGUGGCCUGGGUCUGCUGCCUGGUGACCGCCUUCUACUGGUGCGUGCGCAAGCGGCGGAAGCCCGGCAGCCACGCGCGCUCGGCCUCUGAGGAGAGCACCACCAACAACGUGCGGGAGCAGCUGAACCAGAUCAAGAACCCCAUUGAGAAGCACGGGGCCAACACGGUCCCCAUCAAGGACUACGAGAACAAGAACUCCAAAAUGUCCAAAAUAAGGACACACAACUCGGAGGUGGAAGAGGACGACAUGGACAAGCACCAGCAGAAAGCCCGCUUCGCCAGGCAGGCCACGUACACGCUGGUCGACAGAGAGGAGAAGUCCCCCCACGGCACGCCGGCCAAGCACCCGAACUGGACAAACAAACAGGACAACAGAGACCUGGAGAGCGCGCAGAGCCUGAACCGCAUGGAGUACAUCGUAUAGCAGACGGCGGGCGGAGUCUGAGGGCGCCCGGGGUUCCUGAAGCUUCUCCAGCUGUCCUGUCGUGUUCCGGUGCCAGGCUGUCCUUGACGUAG